UGACAUGACAAUGUUGACGUUAAGAUGACUGAUUAUAGAAUAGUAUUUUGGGUGGUUGUCAUAAAGGUUAUCCAUUGUAGUUUUAGAAGGUAUUCUACAGAAACUAAGAAAAUUCAAAGGAUAUAUUUAUAGAGUUAAUAGUUUCAUUUUCAAAAAAUGUCUCAUCAAACAGGAAUUAAAGCUAAUGAAGAAUUGUUAACAUUUUUCGCUAAAUGUAGAGAUGGUACUAUACGACUUAUAAAAGUCAUAAUUCAUAAUGAACAAUUGUGUUUGGAUAAUCAUAAGAAGACACAGAAUACUUGGGAUAAGGAUUUUGAUCCAUUCAUUCAACCAUUGAUUGAAGAAAAUCAACCAUGUUACAUACUAUAUAGAUUAGACAGUAAAGAUUCCUUGGGCUAUGAAUGGUUGUUUAUUAGUUGGUCUCCUGAUAUAGCUCCCAUCAGACAGAAAAUGCUUUAUGCAUCAACAAAAGCUACUCUUAAACAGGAGUUUGGAACCUCACAUAUCAAAGAGGAGAUUCAUGGAACAAUAGCUGCUGAUAUUACUCUGAAUGGCUACAUAAAAUAUAAAAAAUCGGCCGCAGCUCCAGCUCCUUUAUCAAUGAGGGAAGAAGAAUUACAAGAACUCAAAAGAACUGAAGUUAAUACGGAUAUUAGCGUUGAUACAAAGCAACAGACUCUUGGAGGUGUAGUUUUUCCAAUAACGGAGCCAGCUAAACAAGCUAUAUUAGAUAUGGUGAGAGGAUUAUAUGACUAUUUACAAUUUAGGAUAGACAUCGAAGAAGAAAUUAUUCACUUAGUAUGCGCAGAAAAUAUUACUUUACAAAAAUUGCCUUCUAAAGUUCCUAUUGAUAGUGGAAGGUAUCAUUUAUAUAAAUUCAAGCAUACCCAUGAAGGUGAUUAUAUGGAGAAUUUUGUGUUUAUAUAUUCAAUGCCAGGAUAUAGCUGUCCAAUUAAAGAGAGGAUGUUGUAUUCUAGCUGUAAAAAUCCUUUUACAGAUACUGUAUCCAGUUUAGGAUUAGAAAUAGCAAAGAAGUUGGAGAUUGAUUCAGGAGAUGAACUAAUAGAAAAAUAUUUAUAUGAUGAGCUCCAUCCAACCAACACAUUACAUAGACCCCAAUUCGCCAGGCCCAAAGGUCCACCAAAUAGAGGUCCAAAACGUAUGACAAAAAGUAAUGAUCAUUGACCAUAAAGGAAGAAUAGUUUUUAUAAAGUCUUUCUAUUUCUAUGUUUGAUCUUUGAACAAAUUCUUCAAGGUUUUGUCAAAGGUUUCCAACAAAGUUGUUAUUUAUAGUCGGACUAUAUUGUAAGAUGAUUAUUAUGAAAUUAUAAUGUUUAAAUAUUGAAAUUACUCAAAGUAUUACAUAAUUAUAUAUUUUAUAUAAACUAAACUUUAUAAAAACUAAAAAUAAACUUGCUGUCAACA